UGAAUUUUUUUUUUUAAAUAAUUUGUAAAGUAUAAAGAAGAGGACUACUCUGCUAAUCCUUUGUUUGAUUUUUCUCUAGCCAUCCUUGUCAAACCAUAUAGUAAUGGCUCAUUGUUGGAUCAUAUAGUAAUUUUGCUAAUUAAAUUUGCAGUCCCUCGGAACUUUCGAUUACUAGAAGAACUCGAACGUGGUGAAAAGGGCAUUGGAGAUGGGACCGUAAGCUAUGGGAUGGAGGAUGGAGAUGAUAUCUUUAUGCGCUCGUGGACAGGCACAAUAAUUGGCCCACACAAUUCUGUUCAUGAAGGGCGCAUCUAUCAGCUUAAACUAUUCUGUGACAAGGACUAUCCAGAGAAGCCUCCAAGCGUCCGCUUCCACUCACGUAUUAACAUGACUUGUGUCAAUCAUGAAACAGGAGUGGUGGAGCCAAAAAAAUUUGCAAUGUUGGCAAAUUGGCAGCGUGAGUACACCAUGGAGAACAUCUUAGUGCAGUUGAAGAAGGAAAUGUCAGCACCCCAUAACCGGAAGCUAGUCCAGCCCCCAGAAGGCACAUUCUUCUGAUCAGUGGGUCUAUAGUGGUUUACGUGUGCUAAUUGUGCAGCAGAGUACUUUUAAGACAUUGUCCGGGGUGAAAAAUAUUUAUCUGGGCAUAUGCUGUAAUGAUUGUUAAAUGGGAUGCUUACACUGUUUAAUGUAUCUGUUAUCUAAUGUUCUUUCUUUCAACAGUCAAGAGUAUGUUUAAGUGUCAUACUAUAUCCUUCAGAUGAAAUGGUCUGUUGAAGUUAUUGCUGCGCA